GUGGUUCGGAAUUCGUAUCAUCAACCCGUAAAGUAAAUAUCUCUUUCUUCUUCGAGCUUCUAUCACUCUUCGUAUCUAUAACAUUAAUUUGCCCAUCCAUUUACAGUAGCUCAGUGCUGGAUUCAACUGAGCUCUCCAAUGUCGUCGUCGUCGUCUUCUUCUUUUCUCGUCCCCCUGAAUCCGCCGCUUUCAAUCAUCCAACGCCACAAGCCGCCUCCCUCGCUUCCUCUUCUUGCGCUCUACUCCAAGCCUUCGCUCCACAAAUCUCUUGUCUGCCAUGCUCACUCCUCCGCGAACUCUUCGGAUUCCGAUCGCGAGGAAAUUCUUUGGCACCGCGAAGAGCAGCGGUGGCUCCGCGAGGAGCAGCGGUGGCUCCGGGAAGAGCAGAGGUGGCUUCGCGAGCGGGAGUUGCUGUUGAGCGAAAUUCAGUCGCUGAAGCUCCAAAUCCAGGCCUUGGAGAAGACGAUUCCGGUUGUCGGAGCUGAUGCGGUACCGACGAAUGUUGGAGCGUUGCUGCAGGUUUUGAAGGACCGGAGCUUGAUUCUAGAGAGCGCGUCCAGUGCGACUCCGAUCAUACUGGAGGAGAACGUGGAAGAGGAGGCGGCGACGGCAGAGUCACAAGCUGCUGGUGUUGUGGAGGUGAAAACUGAGGAGACGAAGUCGAAGAAGAGGAUAGCAUUGAGAGCGGGAAGCGAAGGAGAGGAAGUUCGAGAGAUGCAGGAAGCAUUGCAAAAACUGGGGUUCUACUCAGGGGAGGAGGAUAUGGAGUUUUCCAGUUUCUCAACUGGGACUGAGCGUGCUGUCAAGACUUGGCAAGCAACAUUAGGUGCUCCAGAAGAUGGAAUAAUGAGUGCGGAAUUGCUCGAAAGGCUGUAUGUGGAGACGAGGACCGAGGUUGAAACUCUAGAUAGCAGCGCAGACAAGAAGGCAUAUGAGAGAAGGAGCUCUCUCAAUUUUCCACUGAAGGGCGAUGAGAAUGGGACUGCAGUUGGUCUCAUGACUGGAAUAUCAGAAACCAACCAGAAAGUGGUGAAGGAUGAAGGUGCCAAGGAAGUCGAGGCAUCUAAGCACCGAGUUUUUCUCCUUGGUGAGAAUAGGUGGGAGGAACCAUCGCGGCUUAUUGGCAGAAACAAAGAACGCACUGCAAGUAAGGUGACGAGGACUACAAAGUGCCUCACUUGUCGUGGUGAACGCCGGUUGAUGUGCACAGAAUGUGAUGGAACAGGGGAACCGAAUAUAGAACCACAGUUUCUGGAAUGGAUAGGCGAAGACACUAAGUGUGCAUAUUGCGAAGGCCUUGGGUUUAUAACUUGUGAUGUAUGUGACGGUAAAACAGUUUCCUAGGUAGGUUGCUCUCCACCGGUAUCGAUUUUUAGACGAAGUAGCUGAAAGAGAGCAUAUACAGAAGCCAACUCGUUUGCCUGUAAUAAAUAAUUCUUACAGUAUCUCAUGUAUCAACGUAUGCAAGGAACAAAAGCAUAUUUUGUGUACGUUCCAACAUCUGCAUAAUA